AAUUAAUUUGUUUAAGAAUAAAAGUUAAUUGAAGAUAUUUCUAACGAAUUAAAUUGGUCAUCCAUUUAUUGAUUUAUUAUUUUUUUCUUUUGCGCUCGAAGUUUGAGUUUUGCUUUGGUCAAUGAUUUGCGCGUGUGUGCAGGUGCGUUGGUGACGCGUGACGGUGGCUCCUCCCCCCGGCAGCAGAACCCGCCAAAGGUGUCCGCGCUGACGUCAUCGUCGCCAUGAUGACUGACAGCUGAACGCCGACGGCGGCCACGUGCGAAACUCGGAACCGCCCGAUCGAAACUGGGACGGAAACGACGCCUGAAGUUCCAAACGGACAACACGACGCCGCCUUUGACUUCUUGUGUGUUUGUGUUGUUGCGUGUUUGUGCUGUUGUUAUGUGUUUGUGGUGUUGAGUUGUUGUUGUGUGUGCGUGCUCGUAGGUGGCUUUUCCCCGUGGUGACGUUACGUGAAACUGAGAGAGCGCAGUUCGGAUUUUGUGAAUCUUGAAGGACGAAAAUGUCCAAAAACAAGAACGGUUUAGACGACGAUGGGGAUGACGUCACCUGGGCAGAAGUCAGCCGCUCGCAGCCAAUCAGCAUCGCCGCCGUCAGGCGCGAGACGUCCGUCAGCAGGAACGUACGAAGCGAACUUUUCUCGCCGUCCGCGCUGUCCAUCCCCGACCCCUUCCCGGAACUCUGCGGUCCCGCCGGGUCGCCCGUUGCCGUGGCGACGCUCUCACCGCCAUCUGGCGACAAACACCUGCUGAAGGUUUUCGCCGAGGGCGAGCACGGCCGCUCGCUUUACGUGAGCUCCGUCGCCACGGCGAUGGAGGUUUGCCACACGCUGGUGACGACGGCGCGGUGCGGCGAGCGGGAGAACUGGGCCCUCAUGGAGGUCCAUCCCGCCCUCGGCCUCGGUGACGCACACGCACGAGCGCACGCACGCACGCGACGGCGAGCGCUCCUGACCGAGCGUGCGCGUCUCCUCCCCAGAAAGGUGCCUAGAGGAUCACGAGGCGGUGCCGGAGGUUCAGGCCGGCUGGGCGCCGAAGGCCGACACGCGUCUCGUCUUCUGCAAGAACUACGCCAACUCUUCUUCCCAGAUGCCAUGAUCUUCGACGGCGCGGACGGCGCCAAGCGGAUGACAUCGCAACAACUCAUACAGGACCCGGUCCAGUCGGGCUCGUGUCCCGAGAUCCGAGGUUUCCUGCACAUGAAGGAUUCCGCGCGCAAGUCGUGGAAGCGCGCUUACUUCUUCCUGCGCCGUUCGGGUCUUUACUGCUCGUCCAAGGGCGCGUCCGAGGAACCGCGACACCUGCGGUACGUGGCAGACCUCCGCGACCUUCACGUCUACGACGUGGUCGACGCGCGCAAACUCUACGCCGCGCCGCAACACUUCUGCUUCGCCGUCACGCCUUCAGGAAGUCCGGUCCGCCUUCAGCACCUGAAGAUGUUUUGCGCCGACAGCCACCAGACCAGAACCUGCUGGACCUCGGCCUUCAGAUUGUUUAAGUAUGGGAAGCAGCUGCAGUCUAACUUCCAACAGUCCGAGUGGACACGGCGAAGCCUGACGGACGGCAAAAAGGGUACGCUUGUGUGUGAUUGCGUGUGCGUGGAGGCCAAGUCGGAGGCCAGCCUGGCGGUGAUAGACUUUUCCGGAAAGUCCGGCGGUCGCGUCGUUGACGACCCGACAGAGGCCGAGUGCACCGAGUGCCGCGAAGGGCGAGCCUGGCGGCGUCGGGAAGUUCUGCGCCGCAGCCCGCCCGACUCGAGCUCGGCCUCAGGACCGGCCCCGCUCCACGCCGGCCAGCUGUGGUUCCAUGACGGCGUAUCGCGGAAGCAAGCGCGGCGGCUGCUGGAGAAACGAGGCCUCGUCGACGGGAUGUUCCUGAUCCGCACGAGCCAGCAGCACGCUCGUUGCUUCGUGUUGUCGUUGUGCUUCGAGCUGAAGACCAAACACUUCCUGGUCAUUACUUGCGAGGACGGCGAGCGGACGUUCGUGACGAUGGAUGACGGCGCCACGGUCUUCGCGGGCAUUCUGCAGCUGGUGGACUUCCACCGGGUCAACAAGGGCAUCCUGCCCGUCUGCCUCAAACACCCGUGCCCGUGCGCGGCGCUAUGACCCCUCAACUGUUGGUCGACCCGCACCCCCGUUUUAACCCCCACCCCUUUUAAACGCGUGUUUGUUGCACGAACCCAUCAUGCAGCUGUUCCAGCAGUCCUCCCGCAGGGUCAUGUGACCAAUAGCGACCAAUGACGGCAUGACAGGAAACUGGAUCCGUGAUGGCCUUAGAAUUCACGUGUCGAUGCAUUGUUUAUUUUUUCGCGUUCUGUUUGCAUUUUAGCACAUUUGUCAAUGUUAACAUGGCAUUUUUACCAUUUUGAAAGUCUUUUAAUUAUUCUUUUACAUGUUAAAUAAAUCAUUUCAA